CGCACCAAGAGCAUGUUCGUGUCGCGGGCCCUGGAGAAGAUCCUCUCCGAGAAGGAGGCGAAGCGGCCGCCUCACGGGCAGCUGCGGAGAGCCUGCCAGGUGGCGCUGGAUGAAAUAAAAGAAGAACUCGAAAAGCAAAGCCAAGGCAGUGUAACCACACCAAAAGCAAACUUCAUUGAAGCAGAUAAAUAUUUCUUGCCGUUUGAAUUGGCCUGCCAGUCAAAGUCCCCGCGGAUUGUCAGCACCUCCUUGGACUGCUUACAGAAACUAAUUGCAUAUGGACAUAUCACUGGUAAUGCUCCUGACAGUGGAGCUCCUGGAAAACGCCUGAUAGACCGGAUAGUUGAAACAAUCUGCAAUUGUUUUCAGGGUCCUCAAACUGAUGAAGGAGUGCAGCUACAAAUAAUAAAGGCUCUUCUUACUGCUGUCACAUCCCCAUAUAUAGAAAUCCAUGAGGGAACAAUUCUUCAGACCGUUAGAACUUGUUAUAACAUCUAUCUAGCCAGUAAAAAUCUCAUCAAUCAGACAACUGCCAAGGCCACCCUCACUCAGAUGCUGAAUGUUAUUUUCACACGGAUGGAAAACCAAGCUAUACAAGAGGCUAGAGAACUAGAAAAAACAAAUCAACAAAAAUGUCAUUCCCCCAUAAUUUAUACUGCGUCAGGGUCUCCAAAGAUUGGCCGAUUGCAACAUAAUCUGCAGGAGAGCAAACCUUCAACUCCUGUUAAAGCAGACCUGACUAAUGGUGAGCCAGAAAGUACAGAAAAUGGAGAGCGGAAGCCAAAGAACGAUCUGACUCCUCCAAUAUUCGAAGAAGAAACUGAUGGAUGCAAACAAAUUAUUAAAGAAAUCUUGGAGGAUGUGGUCACUUCAGCUGUUAGAGCCUCUUUAGAAGAAGAAACAAAAAAGCAGGCUGCGCCUGAAUUGGAUAGAAUGGCGUCUGAGCUGGAAACUGUAGCCCCUGCCUCUCCUGGUGGUAUUAAUGAAAAUGCACAAGCAAAUGGGAUUCCAGAUGAUAGACAGUCGGUCUCUUCCACCGAUAACCUGGAAACAGAUGUCCCCGGACCACAGGCAGCUGCCAAGUUCUCCCAUAUUCUUCAGAAGGAUGCCUUCCUUGUGUUCCGGUCACUGUGCAAGCUUUCGAUGAAACCACUUGGUGAUGGACCACCAGAUCCCAAGUCCCACGAGCUGCGCUCCAAGAUCGUGUCCCUGCAGCUGCUUCUCUCAGUUUUGCAAAAUGCCGGCCCGGUCUUCCGGACGCAUGAAAUGUUUAUAAAUGCAAUCAAGCAAUAUCUCUGUGUGGCAUUAUCAAAAAACGGGGUGUCUUCUGUUCCUGAUGUCUUUGAGCUGUCUCUUGCCAUCUUCCUCACCCUUCUUUCUAACUUCAAGACCCAUUUAAAAAUGCAGAUUGAGGUAUUUUUCAAAGAAAUCUUCUUGAACAUUUUAGAAACCUCUUCCAGUUCCUUUGAACACAAAUGGAUGGUGAUUCAGACCUUGACUAGAAUUUCUGCAGAUGCCCAAUGUGUAGUGGACAUAUACGUUAACUAUGACUGUGAUUUGAACGCUGCUAAUAUUUUUGAACGGCUAGUAAACGACUUGUCUAAAAUUGCGCAGGGACGGAGUGGACAUGAGUUAGGAAUGACACCUCUACAGGAACUAAGCCUAAGGAAGAAAGGUCUUGAAUGUUUAGUCUCUAUUUUAAAGUGCAUGGUAGAAUGGAGCAAAGACCUGUAUGUGAACCCCAACCAUCAGGCCAGCCUCGGUCCUGAUAAGUCUUCCGACCAGGAGAUGGGUGAAGGCAAGUGUUUGGAGAUGGGAGGAAGAAGAAGCAGUGCGAGCUCCUUAGAUUCAACGGUUUCCUCGGGAAUUGGGAGCGUGGGCACCCAGACCGCUCUUCACGACGAUCCCGAGCAAUUUGAGGUCAUCAAGCAACAAAAAGAGAUAAUCGAACACGGGAUUGAAUUGUUUAACAAGAAAUCGAAGAGAGGGCUGCAGUACUUGCAGGAGCAGGAAAUGCUUGGCGUAACAGUAGAAGAUAUAGCUCAGUUUCUGCACCAAGAAGAACGCCUCUGUUCUAGCCAAGUGGGAGAUUUUCUGGGGGACAGUAGCAAGUUUAACAAGGAAGUGAUGUAUGCCUACGUAGACCUGCUUGAUUUCUGCGGAAAGGACUUUGUCUCCGCUUUGCGUAUAUUUCUGGAAGGAUUUCGGUUACCUGGUGAAGCCCAGAAGAUUGAUAGACUAAUGGAAAAGUUUGCUGCUAGAUAUAUUGAAUGCAACCAAGGACAAAUUCUCUUUGCUAGUGCUGACACUGCCUACGUUUUAGCAUAUUCUAUUAUCAUGCUGACAACAGACUUGCACAGUCCUCAGGUGAAGAAUAAGAUGACAAAAGAGCAAUACAUAAAAAUGAAUCGUGGCAUCAAUGACAGCAAAGACCUUCCGGAGGAGUAUUUGUCUACUAUCUAUGAUGAAAUAGAAGGGAAGAAAAUAUCAAUGAAGGAUACAAAAGAAUAUGCAAUUUCAACAAAAUCUACUAAGCCAAAUGUAGCCAGUGAGAAGCAGCGACGGUUGUUGUACAACCUGGAGAUGGAGCAGAUGGCAAAGACUGCUAAAGCUCUGAUGGAGGCGGUGAGCCACGCGAAGGCCCCUUUUACUAGUGCAACUCACCUGGAUCAUGUCAGGCCCAUGUUCAAACUCGUGUGGACUCCAUUGCUGGCUGCUUAUAGUGUCGGCCUUCAGAAUUGCGAUGACACCGAAGUAGCCUCGUUGUGCUUGGAAGGAAUACGAUGUGCUAUCCGGAUUGCCUGCAUUUUUGGCAUGCAGCUUGAAAGAGACGCUUAUGUGCAAGCGCUUGCCCGCUUCUCCUUGCUGACCGCCAGCUCCAGCAUCACAGAAAUGAAACAAAAGAACAUAGAUACAAUCAAGACUCUUAUUACUGUGGCCCACACUGAUGGCAACUAUCUAGGGAAUUCCUGGCAUGAGAUCUUGAAAUGCAUCAGCCAGUUGGAGCUAGCACAACUCAUAGGCACUGGUGUUAAAACACGCUACCUCUCUGGGUCUGGACGGGAGAGAGAAGGGAGCCUCAAAGUUUUCACAUCUGGAGGUGAAGAGUUCAUGGGGCUCGGCCGAGGCAGUUUUGUUGGCGGAAGUGUUGAUAAAAGGCAAAUAGCCAGUAUUCAAGAAUCUGUUGGAGAAACCAGUUCACAAAGUGUGGUGGUGGCAGUGGACAGAAUAUUUACCGGAUCAACAAGACUGGAUGGAAAUGCAAUUGUUGACUUUGUCCGGUGGCUGUGUGCUGUUUCCAUGGACGAGUUGGCUUCCCCUCACCAUCCUCGCAUGUUCAGCUUACAGAAGAUUGUCGAGAUCUCCUACUACAACAUGAAUAGAAUUAGGCUGCAGUGGUCCAGGAUAUGGCAUGUGAUUGGAGAUCAUUUCAAUAAGGUUGGUUGUAAUCCUAAUGAAGAUGUGGCCAUAUUUGCAGUUGAUUCUUUGAGACAGCUGUCAAUGAAGUUUCUUGAAAAGGGAGAGCUGGCCAACUUCCGGUUUCAAAAGGACUUUCUGAGGCCCUUUGAGCACAUCAUGAAGAAAAAUAGAUCUCCAACUAUUCGUGACAUGGUGAUUCGCUGCAUCGCUCAGAUGGUGAAUUCUCAAGCUGCUAAUAUCCGCUCAGGGUGGAAAAACAUUUUUGCAGUAUUUCAUCAAGCAGCAUCGGAUCAUAAUGGGAAUAUUGUGGAGUUGGCAUUCCAGACAACAGGACACAUAGUUACCAAUAUUUUUCAACAGCAUUUUCCUGCAGCAAUAGAUUCCUUCCAGGAUGCCGUCAAAUGUUUAUCAGAGUUUGCUUGCAACGCUGCAUUUCCAGACACCAGUAUGGAAGCAAUUAGACUUAUCCGGUUUUGUGCUAAAUAUGUUUCAGAAAGACCUCAGGUUUUGAGAGAAUACACAAGCGAUGACAUGAAUGUGGCUCCUGGAGAUAGAGAGUGGGUCCGAGGAUGGUUUCCUGUUUUAUUUGAGCUUUCUUGUAUUAUCAAUCGGUGCAAGCUAGAUGUACGCACAAGAGGCCUAACAGUUAUGUUUGAAAUUAUGAAGAGCUAUGGGCAUACCUUUGAGAAGCACUGGUGGCAGGAUCUCUUUCGUAUCGUGUUUAGGAUAUUUGAUAACAUGAAGCUACCAGAGCAGCAAUCGGAGAAAUCUGAAUGGAUGACUACUACGUGUAAUCAUGCACUUUACGCAAUCUGUGACGUAUUCACACAGUUCUAUGAAGCUUUGAAUGAGAUUCUUCUUUCUGACAUAUUUGCACAGUUACACUGAUAACGAGCAGCUGGCUCGAUCAGGUACCAACUGCCUAGAAAGCCUGGUAAUAUUAAAUGGGCAAAAAUUCAGUCCAGAUGUUUGGGACCAGACCUGCAAUUGUAUGCUAGAG